AUGGCCGUCGAUACCGACCUCGAUACUGCCGCCUGCGAGGCUUCAUGGCCUACGCGACGUCUUAAUCCAAAGAUGCUCUCAUGGUGGUCAUUCCUCUGGAUUCUGUACAUUCCGUUCGGAGUCGUGCUUUGCAUUACCCAAUUGAUCUACAUUUUCUUCCGCUCCUUCUACAUCCUUUUGGUAAAGGGACCAAAGGGCGUACACCCCAAGCAGAUCUUCCCGUUGGUUCAAUUCAAUGUGACCGAUCAUCAAGGCAAGCCCCUCCCCGCCGAGACUUUCACGGUUUCCAAGUGGGAUGAGGUAGCUCAAGCCGAUGUUCGACGCAUCUACUGUGCCGAGCAUCCCUACAUUUUCCUCGAUGGAUGCCUUCCGACUCUCACCAACUCGUCGUUGAUCAUUGGUGAAGCCGUCGCCAAGGGAAUCACCGGCUUCCUCACCCAUCCCUACUCGGUCGUCAAGAAGCGUGGACAGUCACUUGUCAAGAUGCUCGAAGCGUGGGUGCAGAAUCCCGGCUUGGCCAAGAACCUCGUGGUUUUCCCCCAAGCAGUCACCGUGGCGCAAAACAACUUUGUCAAGUUUGCUCUACCGACCUUCGAGUUUGCAGCUGCACACCCGGACCAAGUCGAAAUUGUCCCCGUGGCCAUCAGCUAUGACAUGCCGUAUCCGGUCCACCUGCGCAAGGCUAACUCGAGCUUCCUAUUUGACUUCUUGCUCUUCCUGAUGCUGCCUUACGCUAAGGUCACUUACGCAUUGCUCGACCCCGUGCCGCUCCAUGGAAGGACCGCCGAAGAGAUCAAGGAGGAGUGCGAACUCAAGAUCAUCGACUGCUCCCUCAGGAAAUGCGAGGCCUGGAACAUCAACUACCGCGACAAGGUUGCGUGGAGGCACAUGCUUCAUGCACGUCUUCACCCUACCUACCGUGCAUUCGAGGUAUCCAUCAUCAAC